GCCGGCCCUGCCGAGGCGCCGACGGUCGGGAGUCCUUGCGGUGACCGGUGCUCGCUGCCGAGGCUCCCGGCCCUGGCGUCGCCCUCCUACCACGCAGAGCUGGCGUCGGCGGCCCAGGGAGGAGCGCGCUCUCGCUGGGUCCCUACCGGGCCCUUAUGGUUGCCGAGGAGCGCGCUCUUGCUGAGCCCCUAUCGGGCUCGCACGGUGACCGCCGGGGAGCGCGAGUGACCUGCAGGCCCCUGGGCAGGGAGCGCGUGCAGGCCCCUGGGCCGGAGAGGGCAGCCGUGCCCUGGGGUCGCGCGCUCGGAGCGCCGUGGGCACAACUUGAGAUGAGUCCGGAGUGGGCUGCGCUGGCGGCGGUUUCAUUUCCGGGUGUGACGGCCCGGCGUUUAAGAGCGGACUCAGACGUAGCCUUACUGUUGGACGUGAACGUUGUCAAUCUGUGUCCUUGAUUGUGGAGUCUGAUAAGACAUUAUUUUUAAUCAGGCGCCCGUUCUCUGUCACGCUUCUGAUAAAAAGGAGAAAAGGGGGAGCAAGGCGAGGAUGGUCCUCAUACAAUUACUUCGUUUAAAGACUCUAUCUCCAGUAGGAUGGGAAUUGGGAGGCACUGGUGAAAAAAUAUGCAAUCAUGGAAUCACCUUGCUAACCAUCUCCACCUGUUCUCCUUGAUAAGCCAGUGAAAAAGUGGGUUGAGGAGAAGGAAAAGAGGCCAACAUGAAGCUAAAGCAGCGAGUUGUGCUGUUAGCAAUACUCCUAGUCAUCUUUAUCUUCACCAAAGUUUUCCUGAUAGACAACUUAGAUACAUCAGCAGCCAACAGAGAGGACCAGAGGGCUUUUCACCGAAUGAUGACUGGCUUGCGAGUGGAACUGGUGCCUAAAUUGGAUCACACCCUGCAGUCUCCUUGGGAGAUUGCAGCCCAAUGGGUGGUGCCCCGGGAAGUGUACCCCGAAGAGACACCAGAGCUGGGAGCAAUCAUGCAUGCCAUGGCCACUAAGAAGAUCAUUAAAGCUGACGUAGGCUAUAAAGGGACACAGCUGAAAGCUUUGCUGAUUCUUGAAGGAGGACAGAAAGUUGUCUUUAAGCCUAAGCGCUAUAGCAGAGACUAUGUGGUAGAGGGGGAGCCCUAUGCUGGUUAUGACAGACACAAUGCAGAGGUUGCAGCCUUCCACUUGGACAGGAUUCUGGGUUUCCGCCGAGCUCCCUUGGUAGUUGGCAGAUAUGUUAAUCUGAGGACGGAGAUCAAGCCUGUGGCCACGGAGCAGCUGCUGAGUACCUUCCUAACUGUAGGGAACAAUACAUGUUUCUAUGGGAAAUGCUAUUACUGUCGAGAAACAGAGCCAGCGUGUGCUGAUGGAGACAUGAUGGAGGGAUCCAUCACACUGUGGCUUCCAGAUGUGUGGCCUCUACAGAAACAUCGACACCCGUGGGGCAGGACUUACCGAGAAGGCAAAUUGGCUAGGUGGGAAUACGAUGAGAGCUACUGCGAUGCUGUGAAGAAAACGUCCCCCUAUGACUCAGGCCCACGCCUCUUGGACAUCAUUGACACCGCUGUCUUUGAUUACUUGAUUGGCAAUGCCGACCGCCAUCACUAUGAAAGCUUUCAAGAUGAUGAAGGCGCUAGCAUGCUUAUUCUUCUUGAUAAUGCCAAAAGCUUUGGGAACCCCUCGCUGGAUGAGAGAAGCAUUCUUGCCCCUCUCUAUCAGUGUUGCAUCAUUCGGGUCUCAACCUGGAAUAGACUCAACUACCUAAAGAACGGAGUGCUAAAGUCUGCCUUAAAAUCUGCCAUGGCCCAUGACCCCAUCUCCCCUGUGCUCUCUGAUCCACACUUGGACACUGUAGACCAGCGGCUCCUCAAUGUCCUUGCCACCGUCAAGCAGUGCACUGACCAGUUUGGGAUGGACACGGUGCUGGUGGAAGACAGGAUGCCGCUCUCCCACUUGUAA